CUGGCACAGCCUCGCCGACGGUCCUCUUCGCGCCGGGGCAAGAUGGCGGCGGUCGCUAGGCGAUGGUGGCUCUGGGUGGGCCUGCUGCUCUGCGGCCUGGCAGUGGCCCUCGGGGCCGAGGAGCAGAAGGGCAGCGCCGCCGCCCCGAAGGCCAAGAAGAAGAAAGACAUUCGGGAUUACAACGACGCCGACAUGGCGCGGCUGCUGGAGCAGUGGGAGAAAGACGACGAUAUAGAAGAAGGUGAUCUUCCCGAGCAUAAACGUCCCUCUGCGCCAAUAGACUUCUCAAAGAUUGAUCCUUCCAAGCCUGAAAGCGUCUUGCAGAUGACCAAGAAAGGAAAGACUCUGAUGAUGUUUGUUACCGUGUCAGGAGAUCCCACUGAGAAAGAAACGGAACAGAUCACCAACCUGUGGCAGGGCAGCCUUUUCAAUGCCAACUAUGAUGUACAAAGGUUUAUUGUUGGUUCAAAUCGUGCCAUCUUUAUGCUGCGCGAUGGAAGCUAUGCAUGGGAGAUCAAAGACUUCCUGAUCAAUCAAGAGAGGUGUGCAGAUGUAACUUUGGAAGGUCAGGUGUACCCUGGCAAAGGAGCCUCAGAAAAGGAAAAAGAGAAAAAUAAGAUCAAACCUGAAAAAUCCAAAAAGAGAAAAGAUACCGAGAAGAAAUCUGGAUCACUGCAAGACAACCGUACGAGCAAACCAAAGGAAGAUCUAUGAUGAUAAGUUAACCGGACUGAACACUGUAAAAGGGUGGGAGUGGAAGAUAGAGGAAGGAAACUAGGCUGUGGGGUGACCUGUUGGAUUUCAAGGGAUCAAUUUCCUUAUUAUUGAGGGUUAAUGUCUCCAGGUUACUGGUGGUUCUUGCUGGUUUUGAGGUCUAAAAGGCAUUUGAGCAUUUAGUAUUAUGAACUUUACUCAGAGGAUGAGAGGAGAAAAUUCUCUUUCUUGAAUCUUGCUACCAGUUACUUUGGAGAAGUCAGUUGGCAAUGUGAAUUACCAAUUUUUUUUAUAGGAACUUCUGUACUUCCAAGAUUUUCAUUUAAUUAAAAUGCCUUGACACUCCUGUGGAUGUUACUGAAAGGGGUUGUCAGAAGCACAGUUUGGGAGACAAAAAAGGGAAGAUUUCUUGUUUGGCUCUUUAAAAGGUUAAUGGUUAAUUUAGCUCCACUAAAGUGGGGAACCCUCCCCCAGUUGGGGUUACAGUUUCCCCUCUGUAAUGGAACCGUUCAGUUACUCUUGCACAAUCAAUUUGAUUGAAAUUGGCUGAAAAGGAAAAUAAGAGAAACAGUGGCUGGCCGCUGGUCCUAAACUUUAUUGCCAGCAGGCUUAGAGGUAUUUCAGAAAUGCUGGGAAUGUGUCGGAGAUUAUUUGUAUGACAGCAUGUUUUUAUUUUCAUCUGAAUGUUAACUGAGAAAAUCACCACCCUGGUUUGAAAGCUGGUGGUCACAGUAUUGCUGUUUAAUGACUGAAUGAUUCCAUGGUGCCAAAAUAUGACACAGGUAGUUGCAGUGCCUUUAUUUGAGGCAUCAUUCUUUUGUGUUUUUUAUGUGGAGAAAUUUGGCUUUCACGUUGAACGCUUCUUCCAGAAUGUCAAUAAAUUUGUACACUUUUUUCAGGACAAACAGGUUAGUUUUUGAUCUGUGAAGUCAAAACCCUUUCCUUCUGACUUGCUACUGUUUCUGUUUCAGCUCAUACUGGCCACUUGGUGGCACCCUUUAUAUGUCAAAUACAAAUUGUGCGUGAUCA